CCCGUGCGAAGGCAACACCAAGAUAAGAAAGAUAUUUUCCCUGCAAAAAGCGAAAGCCCUGUUCAGCUACGUGCCAACGGCUCGUCACGAGUGAAAACAGGACAAACAAUUCUCGCCCCAUCACCCCCUAUAAACAAACCCAAUCCACUCCUCAACCCGUUCAGCUACUACAUGCCAACGGCUCUUCAGAUGGCCGCUUACAGAAGAAAACUCUUCUCAUCAGCUCCCGCCAUCUUCCUCCUCCUUUCCCUCUCCCUGUUCCCCGCCCAAGCCCUCAACAUCGGCAUCCAAUCCUCCACCGGCGACGCCGUGGUUUUCAUCUCAAAACAUAAAACCUAUCUGCCAACUCCCCUUUCCCCUUCCACUUACUGAAUAUAUUUUCUGUGAAAUUUGAAAAGGAAUUGCGAGUCGGAGUUCUGCACAGAGCCGCUGUUUUUGAGAUAUGGAAAGUACUGCGGGAUUUUGUACAGUGGAUGCCCAGGGGAGAAGCCCUGCGACGGGCUCGACGCCUGCUGCAUGAAACAUGACUCCUGUAUUCAAGCUAGGAACAAUGAUUAUUUAAGCCAGAAGUGCAGUGAGGAUUUAUUGGACUGCAUUGCAAGAUUCAGAAAACAGAACUCGCCAUCGUUUAGGGGGAAUAAAUGCAUGGUUCAGGAGGUGGCGGAUGUGAUUACACUGGUUAUAGAGGCGGCGCUGCUGGCAGGAAGAGCUCUCCAUAAACCCUAAAUUAGUUGAAGGAAUGAAGAAGAUCACAUUUAUUGCUUCUGUUUCCAGUGUUCUUGCUGUGGGAGAGUUAAAUGUGCUAUGUGAAGGACAGAUGGAGCACAUGGGGCUCAAUAAUUGAGAGUGCCCAUCAGUCGAAUUGUUUGUUGGUUUAUUUAUUGUCAUUGCGUCUCUAGUCCUGUUUUCAGUAUUCAUUAAUGUUGUUUAAUAAAAAAUAUUGUAUUAGUGUUGAUAUCA